GUCGUAUUAACUCAUCCGCUUAAAUGUUUGCGCGGGAAGUACAAGUGCAGGCAUUUUAGGAAACGGGACGUACCUGGGCGCGUUUGGCAACCUGUUAGAGGCAGACGUGAAAACAGAAAAAAACAGAAGCAAAAGAAAAAAGAAAAAAGAAAAAAAAAACGGGGGGGGGGACAGAAAACGCGUUUCCUCCGCGGCGGGAUCGCAGUUCUGCUUUCAGUCAGUCCCGCGCAGCUGCUGAAUACGAGAAGAUGCAAGCUAUUAAAUGCGUGGUGGUGGGUGAUGGCGCCGUGGGGAAGACCUGCCUGCUCAUCAGCUACACCACCAAUGCAUUCCCGGGCGAGUACAUCCCCACCGUCUUUGAUAACUACUCAGCUAACGUCAUGGUGGACAGUAAGCCAGUCAACCUGGGACUGUGGGACACGGCGGGACAGGAGGACUACGACAGGCUGAGGCCGCUGUCCUACCCCCAGACGGACGUGUUCCUCAUCUGCUUCUCCCUGGUGAGCCCGGCCUCCUUCGAGAACGUCAGAGCCAAGUGGUACCCAGAGGUACGGCACCACUGCCCCAGUACGCCCAUCAUUCUCGUGGGCACCAAGCUGGACCUCAGAGAUGACAAGGAAACCAUUGAGAAGCUCAAAGAGAAGAAACUCUCUCCGAUCACUUUCCCACAAGCCCUAGCGCUGGCCAAGGAGAUAGAAUCGGUUAAGUACCUGGAGUGUUCGGCGCUGACGCAGCGAGGCCUGAAGACGGUGUUCGACGAGGCCAUCCGCGCCGUGCUGUGCCCCCAGCCCACAAAGGCGAAGGGGAAGCACUGCCUGCUUCUCUGAAGGUGUUGGGAAAAGGCUGCGUCGAUCAUGUGUCUACCAUUUAAUGGCAAAUAUUGAUUUCAACAAGCUUCUACUCUACAUGAUUGCUCCAGCUAAUGACAAGUACCACUGUAUGGCAACAUUGCUUUCAUUAAAGGUUUUUUAAAAAUCUGUUUAUUUAAGCUCAGUAGUUUGUGGAGUACUGGUUUUAAACUGGUUUUAGUAGGCUGAGGACUUUGCUGAUGAAAUGAUUUAACAACCAUUGAAACUGUAGACAAUGUACAAACCCUGUAUUAGCUGGUAACACUACUGAUGUGUUUCUGGAAUUAAGUGUCAUAUAGACAAGAAAUGCACGCUUAAUUGUAUUUUUAUUAUUUAAAAAAAUAUAUUUGUGAUCCAUCCAUCCAUCUUCAAGCCACUUGUCCUGUACAAGGUUGGGAAAUUUCUGGGGGGGGGGGCGUGUCCCAGGUGGUACAAGGCAGCGGUACACAUUAGACAGGAUGCCGAUUAAUUGCAGGGCACACAGCAUGAGCAUGUGCAUGAGGCCAGCUUGCCGAAAUGCAUGACUUUGACUUUUAAUUCAUGUCAUUGACUUUAAUUUUAAUUUUGCACUUUUGGAUUUCUGCAGUGAGGGGGAAAAAAUUCUUGCAGCAGUUCGGAUAGGUGUCCAUUCAGUUGUUCAUUAGGCAGCCGUGUCACUGUGCAACUGCUGCAGUGAAAGGAUUUAUGUACAGUGUGUAUCAGUUAUUGAUAAUGACUCACUUGUAUAUGAACACUGCAGUUCUGUACUGGAUAAGCAGUUUUGGAAGGUGGAUCAAUGGAUUAUGUGAGGAAUUUAAGUAACAACUCAAAUAUUUGUUAAUAUUGUCCUGCAAUUUAGACGUUUAUAAACAAUUGAUUUAUUAGGUUGAUUUUAAAAAGCAAUAAAAUGUUGGGACUUAUUUUCUUCUAUCUUCUCUGCUAAUCAGAAACUGUGUAAAUCAAUAAAUAAAUAUUUUAAAGGA